UAUACUAUAGCAGGGAAAACAAGUACUAAUUGUUUAUGCUCUUUCGGCAGGAUGACGCGGUGAGUAUGCUGACUUGUAUCAGCCAAAAGGGAAUCAACCCUCUGCCUGUCUACGCUGUUUCGGUCACCUUGAAAGGCCGCUGGUACAGGCCCAAAGUGGACGAUUUCAAUGAACCAACUAUCGGCGCUUACGGUGUUUUCGAGGAGUGCGAGAGCUUCCACGAAUACGGGAUUCCCCAACUGAUCUGCAGCCAAACCAAUACGAAAUAUCUCAGCAACUUAGACAUAAACCAAACGGGUCUAUAUAUGCGGACUUACGAUAAGUCACCUGGGAAAAAGCAAACGUUCGUGUAUGACGACAUCGAGACCCAGGGGAAAAAGAUCUGUCAUGCCAGGUACAAUGACAAAUUGUAUGCCUAUACAAUUGCUCCGUACGACGUUAACUACGACUACGCUCCCUCCGUGUGCCAGCAGAGGAUUCCAGGUGGAUUCAGCAGAAUCCAGGCCUACAAGAAGCUCGCCGGAUUUCUUACAAACUUCGCUAGCAAGCAGCUCAAAGAUUGCCUUGGCGUUGUUAGCGGAUAAUAUCCGACAGAUGCCUAAUCUGUAUAUUACCUAAUAAA